GUGGCUUUGGAGAAUGAAAAGACGGGGCGAGGGGUGGGGGAAGAAAAGGGAAGAAAAAGAUUUAUUGAAAUAGGCGGAGGACACAGCCUGAAAUCCCUCAAAAUGCCCCACGAGAGAGACAGCAGGAGUGGCAGCCAUAGAAAAAUUUGGGAGGUCAAGUUGCCCUGAAGGCAAGAGAAAGGAGUAGGUUUCCAGUGAUGGCGAUGGAGGCGAUAGACCUGUCUUUUCUCUCGGAGGCGGAGAGGGACUUCAUCAUUCGGGUGCUCCAGCGAGAUGAAGAACUGCGGAAAGUGGAAGAGAGAAGAAUUAGGCGUCUGAAGAAUGAGUUGCUGGAGAUCCGGAGGAAAGGGGCCAAGAGGGGCAGCCAGCGGUACAGCGAGCGGACCUGCGCUCGUUGCCAGCAGAGCCUGGGCCGGGUCAACCCCAAAGCCAAUACCUGCCGGGAUUGCAAUCACCUGGUUUGUCGCGACUGCCGCUCCUACGAUGCCGACAGCUGUUGGCGCUGCAAAGUUUGUGCCAAGGAGGCGGAGCUGAAGAAAGCCACUGGAGACUGGUUCUAUGACCAGAGAAUGCAUCGCUUUGCUCCUCGUCUGGGCAGUGACAUCGUUCGUAUGUCUCUUCGGCGCAAACCACAGGCUAGCAAAAGAGAGACAACAAGCCAAGUGCUUCUUCAGAAAGCUCAACGCAAAGACCCCAAAAGUGGCUCUGAAGUGCCCCCCAAAAGUCCCCAGCAUCAACGCAAGGAACACAGCUUGAUCUCUGAUUCCUCUGAGCUACGGGAUCCAAAAAGUGACACAGAAUCUACCGAGAAUAUGAGUUUGGAUGGCUCGCGCCCAGCCUCUGUUCCCACGUCUACUCGAUCUAGCCCUCGCCAAGGGAAGACGAACACACUCAGCCCACCGGGGCCCAAGGUCUCCAGCUUAACCCUUCCUGCUGGCUUUAAGGAAACUCCUCACUCUGAUUCAGAUAGCGAAGCCCUUUGGGGGACUCAGAGUGCAAUUUCAGCAGAUGAAAAUGAAGUCUUGUUCAAAAAAAAUCCAAGGAGAAUUCAGAGGCCGUCAGAAUACACGAAGUCUGUGAUUGAUCUCCGGCCAGAAGAUGCGGUCGGUGAAAGUGGAGUUCUGGGAGACAGAAGCAAGUCAGUCCCAGGUCUCAAUGUCGAAGCGGAGGAAGAGGAGGAAGACAUAGAUAGCUUAGUUGAAAUUCAUCGGAGAAGGGCAGGGCGAAAUAGCAUACGCAGUGGUUCAUCUUUGAGCACCCUGGGAAGCAUGGUCAGCAUUUACAGCGGGGCAGGUGACUUUGGCAACAUCAGCGUCACUGGGGAGAUCGCUUUCUCCUUGAGCUACGAAGAAAAAACGCAGGCCUUUUUUAUCCACGUGAAGGAGUGCCGCCACUUGGCAUACGCUGACGAAGCCAAGAAGCGGUCCAACCCGUAUGUGAAGACAUACCUUUUGCCGGACAAAUCUCGUCAAGGCAAGCGAAAAACUACCAUCAAACGUAACACCGUCAAUCCCCUUUACAAUGAAUUGUUAACGUACGAGAUCCAGAAGUCUCUUCUGUUGACCAGAACUUUACAGUUCUCUGUUUGGCACCAUGACCGCCUUGGACGGAAUCACUUCUUGGGAGAGGUGGAUAUCCCUAUGGAUGCCUGGAACUUCGACAGCCAGUUGGAAGAAUGUCUUCCCCUACAUGGAAAGAACCUUGGAGAAACUUCUUCCUCUUCUUCUCAGCACAAAGGCGAGAUAGUGGUGUCCUUGAAGUUCAUCCCACCCGCUAAACAUCUCGGUGCAGGAAAUGGGAAGAAAGGCAAAAAGGAAGAAGGCGGUGAACUUCAGGUUUGGAUCAAAGAAGCCAAGAACUUGACUGCAGCCAAAUCCAGCGGGAUGUCGGACAGCUUUGUCAAGGGGUAUUUGCUCCCUCUGAAGAACAGGACCGCGAAGAAGAAGACCCCGGUGGUGAAGAAGAGUCUGAACCCUCACUACAAUCACACGCUGGUCUACAAUAACAUCUUUGCAGAGCACUUGUGCCACAUCUGUCUGGAACUCACAGUGUGGGACCGAGAGCCUUUGUCCAGCAACGAGUUCUUGGGUGGCGUCCGGCUCGGAGUUGGCAAUGGAAUGAGUAACGGCCAAGCAGUCGACUGGAUGGAUUCCACGGGCGAGGAGAUAAACCUGUGGCAGAAAAUGCGCCAGUACCCAGGAUCUUGGGCUGAAGGGACCCUUCCUCUUCGGGCCACCAUGAUCAAGACGAAGCCGUAAUUUUGUCCCCGCUUGGACAAUCAAAAUCUGCGGGGAAUAAAAGAGCCGGGUAAUCUGGAGACCUGGCCCAAAACUGUCCAGCUUCUUUAGCACAGGCGUAAAUUUUGCAACGGCUGUUCAGACAGGCUCCUUCUAAAGAAGGGAAUAUUUUCUCGGCAGCCGUUUUAUUUUGGAGAUUCUUACUUUUUCCAAUAUUGUUGGUGCUCGAGCUCCUCUUGGCAUCUCAAAGUGCCUUUUAAAUUUUUUUUCCCCCUCCUGUUCUUUUCUUCUGAUUCCUGCUCCCUUUUCUGUGCUGUCUUUGGUCUUUUUUUUUUUUAUUUUUUAAAGCCCUUUGGGUGUAAACUGUAUUCUUAUAUCCGGUUUUAAAUGUCACUGCUGCCUGCUCUCUUCGUCAGCAGGAAAGGGUCAUUGAAAUAAAGUUCAAAUCUAUCCUGCAGAAGCUGCAGGAAUUCAGCCGGCCUUGAAACCUCGGAUACCGUAGGGACCUGAAAGUUGCACUUCAAAAUCUACUAUAAGUUGGAAAGCAGAGCAGAAAGGAGCUAAUCACAUUCAUUCCACGUAUUUUUCCACUUACGAGGAAAGCUUACGGUGCUCGAAGUGGAGGAAAGAAGGAGGUAGAAGGAUGACUAGAAUUACAUGAAUAUGGAGAAGAAGACAUGGCAAGAGGUCUGUUUUUCUUGCACGUUGCCCAAAUCUGGGAUUAUCGGUGGAAGGGGAAUGGUGGAGGAGGAUACCAGACAAGAAAAGAAUGCAUUAAACAGAUGGUUUUAAAAGGAGACAGGGGUAAAAAAAGAAUAGAGAAAAAAUAUAUCCCAAUGGUAAUUAAUCCUGGUUUUAGGAAGCAGCCCCAGGGAAGGUUGUGCUCUUCUCUUUGAAAUUAUUGGAUCUUCAGUAUCAGCCUUCAACUAUCUGCUACUGCUGUUGUUUUUGAAUUCUGUUGCUAAGCCAUACCCAACUCUUUCCAACCCCAUAGCCCACGACAUCUCUCCUUCUCCCGCUCUCUUUCUCUCUCUCUCUCUCUCUCUGGUGAAAUGCUAUCAGUUUGCUCUGCUUUGGGUGAACCGGUAGUGAUAAAAAGUACCAGUUUAGCUGAACCCGUAGUAAAAAAAAAAAAAAGCUAACAGUUUGUGCAAACUGGUAGUUUAAAAAAAGAUACUGGUUCAUCCAAACUGGUAUUUCCCACAAUCCGCUGUGCCGCGUGAUUUAUAUUCGCUAGAAAGAAGGAAAUCCUGCUUUCUAGCGAAGCUAAAUCGCGUGGCAUAGCGGUUCCACCCACUCGCUGUUCUACUUACCUAGUGGUCUUUUUCCGCGCAGAGCACGUGUUUGGUGCGCACUGCACAUGCACAGGCAGCAAACUGGUAGUGAUCCGCGGAGGAUUUCACCACUGUUCUCUCUCUCUCACACACGCACACACAUACACGUCCUCCUGUCUUCCAGAGUUUGCCCAAAUUCAUGCCCAUUGCAUCAGUUGCCAUAUCUAACCAUCUCCUCUGUCGUCCCCUUCUCCUUUUACCUUCCAUCUUUCCCAAGAUCAGAGUCCCUUCCAAGGAGUCCUCUCUUCUCAUUUGAUGGUCAAAGGAUUUGGGCUUCAGCUUCAGGA